CGUUGGAGGGUGAUUUCAUCAGGAACGGGACAAAGAGUGAAGGCACUUCCCAUUUGUUGUCUAUGUCAACGUAUGUUAUUUCGGUACAAGAUCAUCAGAGCACUGUCAGAUGUCGGUUUGCGAGGAUAUGGAGAACACAGACCUGCUUGGUCUAAUCUUCCCAUAUGAAGACCCAGGAUCCGGUGAUCUGUUCCUCACAGAGGGGAAUAACUUGCUGGAUGAUUUGCUUUCAGAGCAUGAUAUGCUGAGUGCAAUGGAUACAGAGGACUUUCUCAGCAGUCUUCUGGGUGAGGAAGAGGACGGCCUGACUAUCAACUGCUUGUCUCAGUCUCCUCACGGCAGUGACAGCGGCAUCUCUGAGGACACCACCCCUCCAUACUGCCAGAGUCCACAUGAUAGCAGUGAGACAGACACCGUCCCCAGUCCAGGCGUCGAGCCUCUGCUUUAUUCCGAAUGUGUGACAGAGAGCUACGAGGCCCAGGUGGUGCAGGCAGACCACUGCUACACCCUGCCACAGGGCACAGAUGCCCUGCUGAGUGUCCGAUCAGAGAAUCCCGAGUCUGAUGUCUUCAUAGAUGUAGAUGAUUUGGAUGAUAGUAUGGAAGAUGGCUUCUCCCCCGAGCUGCCCUGCUCACUCACGAUUGAAGACUCCACACAGAGCAGCAAACCAGACAACCUGUUCCAGUUCAAAGAGAUUGUUUUGACUGAUGAGGAGAGGAGACUUCUGGCAAAAGAAGGUGCAACCAUUCCAAAUCAUAUGCCUCUUACAAAGGCAGAGGAACGGACCCUGAAGAGGGUGAGGAGAAAGAUCCGGAAUAAGCAGUCUGCUCAGGAGAGUCGCAAGAAGAAGAAAGUUUAUGUUGAUGGCCUAGAGAACAGGGUUGCGAUCUGCACUGCUCACAACCAGGAAUUACAGAAGAAAGUUGAGAUGCUGCAGAAACAAAACAUAUCCCUUAUUGAACAGCUAAGAAAACUGCAGGCUAUGGUGAAAAUGUACACAAUGAAAACCACCACAACUAGCACUUGUAUUAUGGUGUUCCUGCUUUCUUUCUGUCUGAUCAUUUUCCCCUCAGUCAAUCCUUUUGGCAGCAGCAAUCAGAAAGAUCUGUAUACGUCGUCUACAGGAAUGUCCCGAGCCCUGCGGUCUUAUCCAGCUACCCUGAAAGACGACAUUAUAUCCACGUCUGCUAAAGAAGUGCCAGAUCAGGAUGUCCUCCUCAUGGCCACUGUAGAGAAUAACCAGGUGCUGCUGUCCGGCGCUCAGAACCACACACCUGACUACCAGCGGGCCGAGCAGUCUGACUCUGAGUCUGGUGUCAACAGCAACUCAUCUGCUGACUUCCCCACUCCUGCCCAGUCAGAUCUCAAAGCAGACGGAUCUCUCUCAGAGUCCCACAGGAACUCAGCAGCAUCUCCGGUGAUCUACGACAGCCAGAGCAAAACCAAGGAGAGCUGGAUGGAACAGAAACCCACGUCAGUUAUAAUAAAACAGCACCGAUCUGAUGAAAUGUAGGAGAGCAUCUAAAACAAAACUUGCUUUGUUUUAGAUGAAAAAUUCAGUAUAGCCAUUUUCUCUUCAUUAUAGCAUCACAUUCUGACCCUUUUUCCUUCAUUUUAAUUUUUUUACAUGGAUCUACUGUCAUGCUAUAAUAGCACUUUUUUUUAAUAAUAGCAGCCAUUUGUUAGGAUGUUAUUGUCCUAUUCAUCUGCACAAAUGAUGAUUGGAAACGUGAAGGAGUCAUAUUGUUUUGAACUCUGCAUUGCGCCCACAUUGAGUUUUAGUACAUUCAGGAAAUGUAUUCAUGCAAUUGUAUUACUUGAGACAUUUUAGGUCUUUUGGGCAUCUAGUAAAAUAUAAUUUUCCCUCUUUUAGUAAGGGAGCCACAUGCUUAAAGAGAUUCCACUACUGAAAAACGAUCAGUCCUAGUGAUAUGGGAGUGUAUUUAGAAAAGGGAAAAGCUUUUAAAUAAUUUUUAUUUUUUGCUUGUGCAUUGUUUGCGGCUUAGAACCUCUUCCGUCAAACCGCUGUAAAUUUAGCAUUAAAUGUACCUUUUAGAGGGGGCAUAGUGUUGCACAUAUCCACACAAAUAAAAAAAAUUGUUUAUGUCUAUAUAUGUAUAUACGUAUGAAAAGAAUGUCAUGAUCUGCUGUGUCAGAGAAGCAUUUUUAUGUUAUUUUUUAAUGUUAUUUUGUUUGUUUCUUAAAAGACUUAUUUUUAUUGCAGUCUUUUUUUAUUAAUUUCUUUCAUUCUUUGGUCAUAUGAUGCACUGAUGUAUCUGUAAACUUGGAAUGUUCAUAAACUGUUUAUCAUGUUAUAAUUAAUAAAAAAUGAUCAGUUUACUAUAAAAAAAUG